AAAAUUUAAAUUGCGUUAUACAAAUACAUUUAUUCUAUUAUAACAGAAUGGGCAAUACCAGCAAAAAGCUGGCGGCAAAAUGCACUCUCCUUACAAAAGAGGAACCCAAGUAUGUGGCAGCAACCUUCCGAGCAGCAAGCAAGAACUCGGAGCGCAUCCGCGAAGAGGAUCUCAUCGUGAGUGGCAAAGUAGACCCAGUGUCAUUAGAAAAAUUUUGGGGCCCCCAAAUAGAUCCACGCCUGGCGCAGUACCUCACCAACUUCCUGUUCGGUUCGGGGCCGCAGAAAUCAUCCUCGGUGGACUUCAAUAGAUUCGCGGAACUGUACGUUUAUAAUGUACGAGGUACCGUAGAAGAAAGAAUGAUAGUCAUAUACAACUGUCUCGGUAUGGAUUAUAACGAAGAUGUGGAACUGCCCUAUCAACUGUUAAAAGAGUAUUGCGAGAGCAUAGUAUCGACAUACAUAAAGAUGGUCAAGUCAUCAUCGUCCAAACGCGUCAGGUCGUGGCAGGACAAGGGAUUCAGAGCCAAUGCAUCCAAUGUCCAGGCCCUAGGAGAAGCGGUCGCGGCGUCUGUCGGUGGGGACCUCGACUCACCGCAGCAUCAUUGCACUGCUGCACAGCUUUCAAAAUGGUUACAAACCAACAUUCUUCUGAAGCAACUGGCAGAGCUAGUGUACGUGAAUCUCUACGGGAUCAACAAGAAGGCUGGGGAUGAAAGCCCCACGCCUCUACCACCAGCUGCACCAUCCUUGCUGCCGGCAUCUGAUGGUCUAGAAGCGAUGCCAGACUAUCCGGCCUUCAUCGACCUGUCUCACAUCGUGUGGAUAAACAGCCAUUUGCCGCAGAAGUAUCAGCACAAGUGGCGGUUCCUCUUCUCCACCAAUAUCCAUGGGGAGUCCUUCUCCACAAUGACUGGUCGAAUCCUAGACCAAGGUCCCUCUGUAGUUAUUCUCGAGGAUUCCUCCGGGUACAUAUUUGGGGGAUUCGCCACUGCGGCAUGGGCCUUCGGGCCGAACUUCACGGGCACCGACGAGGCCUUCCUGUUUACGUGCGCGCCAAAAAUGAGGAUGUACCCCGCGACCAACUAUAACGACCAUUAUCAGUAUUUGAAUCACCACACGAAGACGCUGCCCAAUGGAAUGCUAAUGGGAGGACAGUUCCAAUUCGGUGGCAUUUGGGUGAACGCGGAACCCUUCGGUGAGGGUUCCUCAGCGGAAUCUUGCAGCACCUUCCGAGGGUACCGUCGCCUGAGCAAAGAACCGUCAUUCCGAAUUCGUAGUCUGGAAGUUUGGGGAGUUGGUGACAAGCCAACAUUAGAUAAAGAUGAGGAUGAACGGGAUAUGAGUAUUCUGGACACGAACCCCGAAGCCAAAGCCAUUCUGGACAUGGCGGGCCGCACCCGACACAGCGAGGGCCUCCGGGAAGAUCCGCCUCUGUGAAUGCAAAUGUUUCUCCGUCCAGGCUACAUACCUUUGGAACUUACUAUCAGAACUGUUGAGUUAAAUAAGGCUAAGUACUAAAUAUUUGUCAACUUACACGUCUUCUUUCAUACUUCCAGCUAACACGCAUACAAACAUUCUUCUAUCAUACAUACCCAACGCACACAAGCAUAGCCAUCCCAAUUAAAUAAUGUGAAAUACUAAUAACGAGUCGCAAUUAAACCUUUACAAAGUGCAUACGUAUUUUCUUUGAAUCUAUCCACAACCUGCGAGCACAAACGAACCUUAUACUCUGGUACUCCCUUUUAGUAAAACGAAGUUCUUCAGUAAUUCUUUCACCUUUAAAGCAGUU